CAAUUUUAGCAUUCAAUGAAACUAAUUAGUAAACAGAGCGCUUAAAAUUGUGACCAAUCACAGCCGAGUAGGCGUACCUAGAGGCGGGCCGGAAGUGGAGUUAAAAAAAGAAAAAUUUGUGUCGAAAGCAGAAAGUCCACGAAGGAGGUGCAAGCUGAAUAGCUAGCUUUAUGUGCGGCCAUGGUGUGUAGCUGCUCUAUAGGAGUCCACAACUCAAUACAAAGCGACGAACAGGAUCACAAUAUUUCCCCUUUAAGAAUUGCUUGUUUGUUUCGCUAGUGCGCGCAAUGCUACGUGGGUAAUGUAGUGUGAAGCAAGUGGAGUACUUCAUGUGUACUUCCGCUUCAACUUAUGACCUCGUUCAAGCAUUUUGGAUAGAAGAAAUGACUUCAGAACUUAUCAGACCUGUGAACUGUGAAUAUGGUAUUGCGGGUCCGCGGGAUGCCAGGGACGUUAGCAGAAGAAGAAGAAAAAGACGUUUCAAAACAACCCCAACCCAAACCGGCGACCCCAUUUUCAGCCCCUGUUCUCCUGAAAUAUGUUUUUACAGUCCGCUGUGUGAGAGACAUGAUCUUCACUUGCCAUCUCCUGGUCUCCUGCGGUUCCACCCGUCACAGACCGCUCCUGUUGCUCCGCUCCGGGAGGUCCUGGUGGCUCCGAGCGUUGAGUAGCAGACCUCAGCUCAGCAUCAGCCUGCGAGAGAGCUACCAACUGCUGCAGCUGCCCAUCGGCGAGCCAGUUAGCACCGUGCGUGUCAAGGAGUCCUACCUGCGCCUGGCCAAGCUUUAUCACCCUGACUCUGGUGCUCCUACUGCCGAUGCGGCCCUGUUCGCCCGGGUCGAGGAGGCCUAUCGCUCUGUUCUGGCUCACCGGAGCGAGGCGGCGAAGGAUGCAGACCAGGAGGAUGAGGACAAGCGGGCAGGCGUGGCCCCCCAGCAUAGACACUACCUCAGCUACGAGGGCGUAGGCUCAGGCACCCCCAGUCAACGCCAACGCCAGUACCGGCAGUUCCGUGUGGAUCGGGCAUCCGAGCAGGUCCUGGACUACCGGCAAAGGGAGCACGAGAAGGCGGCGGCUGCGGAGGGGGCGCUGGUGGAGCGGGACAUGCGUCAGCGCAGCAGGAAGAUCCAAAUCACCCAAGCGGUGGAGCGGCUGGUGGAGGACCUGAUCCAGGAGUCCAUGGCACGUGGGGACUUCCGCAAUCUGAGCGGCGCCGGGAAGCCUCUCAACAAGUUUGAGCACAACCCCUACGCCGACCCCAUGACCCACAACCUCAACCGCAUCCUCAUCGACAACGGCUACCAGCCACCCUGGGUGGUGACGCAGCGUGACAUCCGUCAGGCCGCCGCGCACAUCCGCAGCGCUUUACUGGAGGGCAGGGUCCAGAUGGGGGAAGCCAUGGACCCGUCGGAGCGUGGCCGAUGGCAGGAGCUGUGUACCGGUGCCGAGGAGGAGCUGGCCAAGCUGAACAAGAUGGUGGACAACUACAACCUGAUUGUGCCCAUGCUCCAUAUGCAAAUGGUGCACUUUAGCUUAUCGCGGGAGUUGGAACGUGCCGAGAUGGCGGCCGGCCAACGCCGACUGGAGCAGCGGAGGGAACGGGAGAGGAGGAAGGAGGAGAGGAAAAGAGCCAACGCUGCCAAAGCACAGUCUGCAGACACAAAACCGGGCCUGAUGUCUUGGAUGCAAAGCUGGUUGAGAUGAAU